AUCUCUCGUCUUCCCCAAGCUGUUUCAGAAAUCGAAGCUGCCCACUUCCUCUUAUCUUCCGAAUUUUCUCCUCACUGAGGUGGGGAAGGGUCGAUAGCCGUUGGAAACCACUACGACUACUCGCAGACCUGUUCUGAUGGUUUCCGGGGGGUUUGCAACACUUGACUUUCUGCUGUCUGUCGACUGCGCAUGGACACGUGGCAAGAAUAACCCGAAUGCCGACGGUUAUCCAAAAAACGAUCCCCUAAUCUUAUGAAGCGAUUUGGCGUUGAGGAUAGAAUUCCGUUACUUCCGCUCCACUAUUGCGUAUCGCAGAACACAUCGCUCGCAAGCUCUUCUUACACAACUGUGUCCACAACAAGCCCCCUUAUCCUCGAUAUGGCCGACCUCAUCCAAUUUCCACGAGGAUUCGGACAACAAGACAUUAUUGGCUGGGGUACGACGGGCUUAGUCUGUCUUGAUGCGGCCGACAAAACCGUUAUCAAAACUCCUCAUGAUGAUGAGAAUCGCCGCAGAGUUCAGGUAGAACAGGCAAUAUAUGAGCGGUUCGAUCAGCGCGGCGGGCAUAGCGGACUAUUGCGAUACCACGGCCCAUAUGAUUCAGGUAUCCGUCUUGAAUUUGCCCCAAAUUGGAACCUCUCAUCGUUCCUGCGCAAACACCCUGAGAUUGGAACUGAACAAAGACUACGCUGGGCGCGUCAGGUCACCGAUGCUCUUUGUUUUGUACAUGCUGCAAACGUUAUUCAUGGAGACUUGACUUUGGACAACGUCUUGUUAACUGAAAAUCUUGACAUAAAGCUUGCAGAUUUCGGUGGCUCUUCUCUGGAUGGCUCUGAUCUGCUGGUUUCCGUACAUGCCAGUCACAGGUACCCUGGACCCCUACUAUCUACUCAUGCCGACAUCUUCUCUCUGGGUUCUGUGUAUUACACCAUCAUGACGGGAACCUUUCCAUAUCAAGAUCUAUCGGACGAAGACAUCGCGGCUUUGUUCAAACAAGGCAGGUUUCCUGAAACAAAAACAUAUGGACCGUUUGGGGCCAUUAUCAUGAAAUGCUGGCAAGUUGAAUACCAGAGCGUCAUGGAUUUGUAUAAGGAUAUUGAAGAAUUCAGCCAGGGCAAGUCGACUUCUACAACCAGCAUAACAAAUUCUUUUCAGCCACCGUUUUCUCUCCUACUCUUUACAAUUGGGAUUGUUGCGAUUGUAUUGGUUUCAAACCCCAAGGCUCGGAUCUGGGUUUAAGACAGACAUCUCGGACAUGGCCCUGGCCGCUUGGAAGAUCCAAGCUGAAUCGGCAGUCCAUUCAGACCUUUCGCAAGACUUGCCGCUUCACCGCAAUUGAAUGCAGUACCUUUAUGUUCAUCACAGUUGCUGUUACUGUAUUUAGUCGUUGUGAUGACGUGUUUUAUUGGUGCUGUGCAGUCGUCGAAUGUGGUUUUGUAUUCGAUAUAUGUGCAUUUUGGCAUUGUUGUAUUGUUGAGAAUUGGAAUGUCUCUAUUAGAUUCUGAAUCACUGGACGGAGACGGCAAUGUUUGCUUCGCAAUGGAAUUAAUACUUAUGAAGCAGAUAGUUUGAGUCGUCAAUAAUAGUCGCGAUCCGGCAUGUAUUAUGCUAGAUUACAUCCAAAGGUAGUCAGCAUGUUAGGAUCAGAUGUGAUAUACAUUUACCUAGACUGCUG